GUAUGUCAGCCACCUCCAGAUGUCCUGCAUGGUGAGCGUAUCCAAAGGGACAAGGACAUCUUUCAGCCUGGGCAGGAAGUGUUCUACAUCUGUGAGCCUGGCUAUGACCUCAGAGGGGCUGCAUCUCUGCGCUGUACAUCCCAGGGAGACUGGAGCCCUGCAGCCCCCAGAUGUGAAGUAAAAUCCUGUGAUGACUCCCUGGGCCAACUUCCUAAUGGUCGUGUGCUAUUUCCACGUAGUCUCCAGCUUGGAGCAAAAGUGGAUUUUGUUUGUGAUGAAGGAUUUCAAUUAAAAGGCAGCUCUGCUAGUUACUGUGUCUUGGCUGGAAUGGAAAGCCUUUGGAAUAGCAGUGUUCCAGUGUGUGAACAAAUCUUUUGUCCAAGUCCUCCAGUUAUUCCUAAUGGGAGACACACAGGAAAACCUCUGGAAGUCUUUCCCUUUGGAAAAGCUGUAACUUACACAUGUGACCCCCACCCAGACAGAGGGAUGACCUUCGACCUCAUUGGGGAGAGCACCAUCCGCUGCACAAGUGACCCUCAAGGGAAUGGGGUUUGGAGCAGCCCUGCCCCUCGCUGUGGAAUUCUGGGUCACUGUAAAGCCCCGGAUCAUUUUCUGUUUGCUAAGUUGAAAACCCAAAUCAAUGCAUCUGACUUUCCCAUUGGGACAUCUUUAAAGUACGAAUGCCAUCCUGAGUACUACGGGAGGCCGUUCUCUAUCACAUGUCUAGAUAACCUGGUGUGGUCGAGUCCCAAAGAUGUCUGUAAACGUAAAUCAUGUAAAACUCCUCCAGAUCCAGUGAAUGGCAUGGUGCACGUGAUCACAGACAUCCAGGUUGGAUCCAGAAUCAACUAUUCUUGUACUACAGGGCACCGACUCAUUGGUCACUCAUCUGCUGAAUGUGUCAUCUCAGGCAAUACAGCCCAUUGGAGCACAAAGCCGCCAAUUUGUCAGCGAAUUCCUUGUGGGCUACCCCCAGCCAUCGCCAAUGGAGAUUUCAUUAGCACCAACAGAGAGUAUUUUCACUAUGGAUCUGUGGUGACCUACCGCUGCAAUCUUGGAAGCGGAAGGAAAAAGCUGUUUGAGCUCGUGGGUGAGCCUUCCAUAUACUGCACCAGCAAAGAUGACCAAGUGGGCAUCUGGAGCGGCCCGGCCCCUCAGUGCAUUAUACCUAACAAAUGUAUGCCUCCAAAUGUGGAAAAUGGAAUAUUGGUAUCUGUCAACAGAAGCUUAUUUUCCUUAAAUGAAGUUGUGGAGUUUAGGUGUCAGCCUGGCUUUGUCAUGAAAGGACCCCGCCGUGUGCAAUGCCAGGCCCUGAACAAAUGGGAGCCAGAGUUACCAAGCUGCUCCAGGGUGUGUCAGCCACCUCCAGAAAUCCUGCAUGGUGAGCAUACUCCAAGUCAUCAGGACAAAUUUUCACCUGGGCAGGAAGUGUUCUACAGCUGUGAGCCCGGCUAUGACCUCAGAGGGGCUGCGUCUCUGCACUGCACGCCCCAGGGAGACUGGAACCCUGAAGCCCCCAGAUGUGCAGUGAAAUCCUGUGAUGACUUCUUGGGUCAACUCCAUCAUGGCCGUGUGCUAGUUCCAUUCAAUCUCCAGCUUGGGGCAAAGGUGUCCUUUGUCUGUGAUGAAGGGUUUCGCUUAAAGGGCAGUUCCGUUAGUCAUUGUGUCUUGGUUGGAAUGAGAAGCCUUUGGAAUAACAGUGUUCCUGUGUGUGAACAUAUCUUUUGUCCAAAUCCUCCAGCUAUCCUUAAUGGGAGACACACAGGAGCUCUCCUUGGAGAUAUUCCCUAUGGAAAAGAAAUAUCUUACACAUGUGACCCCCACCCAGACAGAGGGAUGACCUUCAACCUCAUUGGGGAGAGCACCAUCCGCUGCACAAGUGACCUUCAAGGGAAUGGGGUUUGGAGCAGCCCCGCCCCUCGCUGUGAACUUUCUGUUCGUGCUGGUCACUGUAAAACCCCAGAGCAGUUUCCAUUUGCCAGUCCUACAAUCCCAAUUAAUGACUUUGAGUUUCCAGUAGGGACAUCUUUGAAUUAUGAAUGCCAUCCUGGGUAUUUUGGGAGAAUGUUCUCUAUCUCCUGCCUAGAAAACUUGGUCUGGUCAAGUGUUGAAGACAACUGUAGACGAAAAUCAUGUGGAACUCCUCCAGAACCCUUCAAUGGAAUGGUGCAUAUAAACACAGAUACCCAGUUUGGAUCAACAGUUAAUUAUUCUUGUAAUGAAGGGUUUCGACUCAUUGGUUCCCCAUCUACUACUUGUCUCGUCUCAGGCAAUAAUGUCACAUGGGAUAAGGAGGCACCUAUUUGUGAGAUCAUAUCUUGUAAGCCACCUCCAACCAUAUCCAAUGGAGACUUCUACAGCAACAACAGAACAUCUUUUCACAGUGGAACAGUGGUAACUUACCAGUGCCACACUGGACCAGAUGGAGAACAGCUGUUUGAGCUCGUGGGAGAACGGUCAAUAUAUUGCACCAGCAAAGAUGAUCAAGUUGGUGUUUGGAGCAGCCCUCCCCCUCAAUGUAUUUCUACUAAUAAAUGCACAGCUCCAGAAGUUGAAAACGGAAUUAGAGUACCAGGAAAUAGGAGUUUCUUUUCCCUCAAUGAGAUCGUCAGAUUUAGAUGUCAGCCCGGCUUUGUCAUGGUAGGGUCCCACACUGUGCAGUGCCAGACCAACGACAGAUGGGGGCCCAAGCUGCCACACUGCUCCAGGGUGUGUCAGCCGCCUCCAGAAAUCCUGCAUGGUGAGCAUACUCCAAGCCAUCAGGACAACUUUUCACCUGGGCAGGAAGUGUUCUACAGCUGUGAGCCCGGCUAUGACCUCAGAGGGGCUGCGUCUCUGCACUGCACGCCCCAGGGAGACUGGAGCCCUGAAGCCCCCAUAUGUACAGUGAAAUACUGUGAUGAAUUCCUGGGCCAACUUCCUCAUGGCCGUGUGCUGUUUCCACUCAAUCUCCAGCUUGGAGCAAAGGUGUCCUUUGUUUGCGAUGAAGGGUUCCGAUUAAAAGGCAGGUCUGCUAGUCAUUGUGUCUUGGCUGGAAUGAAAGCCCUUUGGAAUAGCAGUGUUCCAGUGUGUGAACAAAUCUUUUGCCCAAAUCCUCCAGCUAUCCUUAAUGGGAGACACACAGGAGCUCCCCUUGGAGAUAUUCCCUAUGGAAAAGAAAUAUCUUACACAUGCGACCCCCACCCAGACAGAGGGAUGACCUUCAACCUCAUUGGGGAGAGCACCAUCCGCUGCACAAGUGACCCUCAAGGGAAUGGGGUUUGGAGCAGCCCCGCCCCUCGCUGUGAACUUUCUGUUCCUGCUGGUGCACGUGAUGCUCUAAUAGUUGGUAAGUUUCAUGAAAGGUUUGCUGAGGAAUUCUGGCAUCUUUAA